AUGUCCCUUCUCGCACUCGGUCGCGUCGUGCAAGGAUUGGCCGAGAGGGCGCAAAGGACAUCCUGUCUGGCGGAACAGCCGACGGAGGCUGCCCAGGGCACGUUUGAGUUUGAGGCAGAGCUCCCAGCUAUUCCGAAAUUGGAGGGGCAGGGUCUCGAAGUGCGGUCCAGCGCGAGUACACUUCCAACCAAAAAAGAGUCAUUCCUGAAACGAGCGACCUCUAUUAACAAGAAAAAGAAGAAGUUCAGAAAGCGAGCGGAAUCCCAGGACACCGUCAGCGUGUGUAGCAUCGCCUCACAGCCGGUAAACGGGUCCAAGUCUGACCACGUGCCCUUCCGGGACUCCAAACUCACGCGCAUUCUCGAGCCGUCACUCACCGGCAACUCUCUCACGCUGGUGGUGUGUGCGGUGUCCAUGUCUUCCACGAACCGGCAUGAAACCACCAGUACCUUGGGAUUUGCUGCGAACGCCAAACUCAUUCAGUGUCAACCGGUAGUGAAUAAGGUCGCCGUAUCUCCACGAACACAAGUGAAACGGCUACAGUCAGAAAAUGAGGCACUUAAGCAACGGCUUCAGGAGGCGGAAGCAGAGUCGUCCAAAGCCGCGGAAACUCUGGCUGAGGAAGCCGAUCAGACGGCACAGGCCGUCAGAGCUCUUGAGCUGGAAACAUCGCAGAAGGUCAAAGCGUUGGAGACGGCAGCCGUGGCACGUGUGCAGGCGCUCGAGAAGGCACUCGCAGAAGCCAAGAAGAUAUCCCACCAAUUGCCUCUGAAUUUUAAAGCAACUACGUCAAUGCCCAAGGCGACGGAUACGAGUUCCGAUGGCGCACAGGCAAGCACCAGUGGAGGGUCACCUCUGCUGACUCGUAGACGCCCAACUGAAUUGUACAACCACCGCGAGCGGCAGAAUCGAAGUGUUACAUGGGCACCGCACUCACACCUGCGGGGCGAGAAGAGGGCCAACAGCCCGUUGAUUAAGCGCAGACUUUCACCCACCAACGGGUCACUGAGCGGACGGAGCAUGCCAUCACCUGUGGCUGUGCGUAGAGCAAUGGCAGAGAGAGACAGCGACCAGCGCACCCUUGCAACGCCGAAUGGCAGCACACUGGAGGAAGGCCCCAACCCCAGUCUGGGCAUGCUGCUGCGUGUUAAGGAGAGCGGGAGUGAGGAAAUUGCCGCAAUGACAAACGAUACACAAACGGGCGAGGAUGGUGUAGACAACACUGGAGUGGCGGACGACACGGCGACAAGGCCCGUAGUAGCGGAUGGGUUGUCGGGUGGCAGUGGUGAUACAUGCAAGACAGCGGAGGUCGGUUGCACUGUUGAGGCCACCGUGUUCUCAGGGACUUCAGUGGACGGGGCUACGCGACAGACGGUUGGUAUCAGCGACACAGGGGAUGUACUUAGUGGAUUGGAAGCAAGUGUUAGUGAAGUGAGUAUAGUGACUGAAAUGGACAACACCAGCAAGGAUACGGAGAAGGUUGAGGAUUGUGAUGACGAGACUGCGAGCGUGAGUUUUGAUUUGAACGGAGACGGGAGUGAAGACGUUCAAGAGGAAACCGUUUCAAAAGUGCGAAUGGAGGAGAUCAUGGAGAACUAUAAGACGCGAGUGGUAAACCGAGAUAACAGUCGCCUGCGCCUCAUUUCGCAAUUAAAAGAGACGGUGGCAGAGAGAGACAAUCAGCUGACCGAGUCUGGCUACGCCGCGCUCAGUCAAAAGUUAUCUGUGGCAGAGGGCCGGAUCAUCUCUAUUUCCGAGCAACUGUCGCUGACUCUGGUGUCUCUGAGUGAGGUGCAACAGAAGUACGAGGACGCCAAGGAAGCGGCGGAGGACCACGCUACGGAGAUAGAAGCUUUCCGCUUAGAAAGAGAGGAGAUAAUCGAGAAGUGUAAAGGGGUGCUGGACAGGCAAAGGGAAAAGGCCAAAGCAGCAACGCUCAAGAUGCACGGUAUAAUGCGAAUGGAGUGGGAAGAUGACCUAAGAAAAAGUGAGAUGGAACAGAAUAUACUUAAAUGCCAAAUUGAAAGUGAAAAAGAAACUGUCGCCCAGCUAGCAGAGGAGCUGAAGUUGUCACUUGAGGACUACGAGUAUGCGAGCGAAGAAUACGACAAGCUUGUGAUUGAGUUGGAAGAGGAGACGGACAAGGUAGAGACUCUGGAGGCAAAGUGCACGAAACUGAAGGCGAUGGCACUAGAGCUGUGUGAUCACUACUUUGCCUGCCAUGAACGUGCAAUGAAAGAAAUUGAAGAUCACGAAACAGAUGUCAAAGAGGCCGACGAACGCGAGGAUAAACUUCGCGAACAAAUCAAAAGUGACGCAGAGAACAGGGCAAGAAUACUCGAAUUGGAGAAGAAGGUCGAUAGCUUCGAGAGCAAAAAACAGGAAUACAAGGCGGCAUACGUAUCCAAGUCCUUGCAAUUUGAUCAGCUCAACGAACAAUUCGCUGCGCUCACCGAAGAGCUGAUAACACUACAGGCGUCUGGACUACCACUGGGUUGUGAUGCGUUGCGUAUCAUAAUAGUGUGGCUCAAACGAGUCAUCCAGCUUCCCCAGGCUAAACUGGCUAUAGAACGUUUAUCGCUCGCAUUAUGUGCCAUGGACGCGGAUGGAAUGAGAGAAUUAAACGAUUGA